GAUGGCAGCCUCCAUGCGGAGCAUAUUUUCGGUCACCAGGUUUGGAAGCAGGAUAUCAUCCCAAUGGAAACAACAUCCGUCUGGGCAGAUUCUUAUUCAGCAAGUGAGAUGGAAGACAAAGAACAGUCAAAAAAAUAAAGCUCCACACGAAGCAAAGGAAAAGGCAAAAUGGACAAAUCAAAAGAAAAAUGCCAAUGUUGAAGAAAAAAAGAUUAUCCGUGUGAAUACGAGACAGGUGGUCGAUGAUGUGUGGAUACGAGCCCUUUAUGCUGAGCCGAUGUAUACUGCCUUAAAAGCCAUUGAAAUGCAUAAAGAAUAUGCUCAGCCAGCUAUGUUGGAUAAUAUGGAAGGAAUGAUUGUUGCAAAGAUGACACUAGAUUUUUCAACUAAGAAAAAGACUAAAUUCAUGAAGCCAUUCAAAGAACUUGUGCGUCUACCUCAUCCGUGGGAUCAUGGAGAGACAAGAAAUAUUUUGGCGUUUUGCAAGGAACCAGGGGAUAUUGAAGCAGCUGAAAAGAUGGGUGCUGUUUAUGCUGGUGGCUUGGACCUAAUCAAAAGGAUUGAACGAGCAGAAGUUUUACGCGAAGAGUUUGAUUAUGUUAUCUCAACAUUUGACAUUGCUCCCGAACUGAUGAAAAUACGCUCAAUGAUCAAAGAUUUGUUUCCCAAUAAGAAAAAUGGAAAUAUUAGCCAAAGUGUAACUGAGAUGAUGGAGCGUUUUAGGAAUGGUCAUAGAUAUGAAGUGAAAAAGACGUCUCUAGAAAGUGAGGGAACCGUUGAUGUAGCAUUUGGGAGUUUGACUAUGACAAAUGAACAACUAGAACAAAACUUGAAGGAAUUCAUUACUGCAAUAUGUGCUAAAAGAAGUCCUGACUUGGGUCCUUUUAUAAAAGAUGCCCUUUUCCUAUGUCCUCCAUCAACAGAACAAUUCUUAGUGGAUUUGACAUCAUUUAUGCCCAAAUCUCAGAAGAAAAUUGAAGAGGAAACACUGACAGCGAAGGCUGAGGAUAGUGAUGAUGAGGUGGUUGCAGCCAAAUCCUAGAAAUGUGGAGAACAUUUUUGAUGAGGCCACUAAGGCCAAAUCCUGGAAAUGUGACAUUAUAGGCCUACUGAUAUGUCUGGUAUUGUAACAGCUUAAACCUGGUCCAGUCGAGGAAUUCUUUUGACUUGGAGGUCAGUGAUGGCCUCGAAGAUUUGUCUGUGUGCAAGACUUUAAUUUUUGUACAAAGUGUGUAAAUAAAUGUACAUCUACAUA